UAAAGGUCGUGUUUUGAGUUUUUCCUCCAUCGUAAACAAUGGCUUCCAUAAGUUGGUUAACGUGCAGGCGGUUGUCUCGGCUUGUGUGUCCGUUCUCUCAGGUCGCGCGGCGGUCGGUGCUGCAGUAUGUGAGGACUCCAGCGCGCGCGCUUCACCGAGGGAGCGCGCGACGGGCGGCGGAGAAAAACCCGCUGAACAGAUCAAGACCGGUGGAGCAACAGUACAUCACUGAACUAGAUAAAGCCGAUGCGCUGAUGCUGCGGAAGUCUCAUGAAACAGGAUUUUUGUCCUGGUUCCGGAAUGGUCUCCUGGCAACAGGGAUUGGCAUUAUUGCGUUUGUACAGAGUGACGUGGGCCGAGAGGCUGGAUAUGCAUUCUUCAUCCUGGGCGGAGUGUGCGUGUCGUUCGGCGGAGCGUCGUACGUGGGCAGUCUUCUGACUCUGAGGAGGAUCAUGCUCCUCUCUCUGCCGGCUGUGCUGCUCCACACGGCUGUAGUGUCCAGCGCUGCCCUCUUCUGGCUGUGUGCCGUAUCGCUCUACAUCGGCCGCCUUGAGGUGGAGAUCAUUCACGAUGAGGAUGAGGAAGAGCACGGGGGAGAUGAGGACGGGGAGUGCGGCGAGUGCAGAGCCCGACGUGAGAGACGGGGCGCUGAAGAAAAAGGCCAAGACAAGUGAGAGGAGACUGAAAUGGCCGUUUACUCUGAGCCUGAGCCAGAGCUCUAUUCAUAAACUGCUUUAAGAGAACUGGUUUCAGGUCGGUGUGGAGUUGCGGCUUCUACCAAUAUUACUGUGCAGUACUCUAGUGCUUGAUUUAUUGGAUUGAGUGAGUUUUUGUGUUUCUUAUAUACCUGAACAUGAGCUGUCCCACUGCUUACAAAGGGUCUUUGACAUAAAUUCACAUUUUUCCUUUGUAAUUUUUUUUUUGUUGUUGUUGGUUGUGGAAUAUGAGUGCUGGAACAUUAAAAUGAAAGUUAAUUUCUUAACUGGCACUUACUGGACAGCUAAUUCAGCCUAUGUUAUAAAUGGGCAUGUUCACUGUUUUAUAUAGUGACAUGAUUUAGAAAUAUAUAUAUUUUUUGGUAACACUUUACAGUAAGGUUUGAAUUUUUUUUUUAACAUUAGUUAAUGCAUUCACUGAUAAUAACUAUAAAGCAUUUAGUAAUUUAAGAUUCAUUUAUAAAUAUACUAUUGUUCUUUGUGAUGAUACAUUAGUUCAUGUUAUAUAUUUUAUAAUGUAUAACAAUUAUACUUUCUUAUAAUUUACAUAUUUAAAUUAUACAUGUAAAAAUAUAUCUGUAACGUACUAAUAUGUUUGUAUAUGUAGAAAUGAACAUUAAUCAAGGUUAAUAAAUGCUGUGAAAGUAUUGCUUACAUUAAAUCAUGUUAACAAAUUGAACCUUACUGUAAAGUGUUACAGCUUUUAUAAUAUUAGAGCUGGUUUUUCAUCAUGCAGCAUUUUUCCAUUGUUUUGGCCUCAUUCUUUGAGAUUUAUUUUAAAAUGAUUACCUCACGUCUCUCACAAUUCCCUUCAGAUUUCCUGCUCUAGUCUUAUUCAAUAAAAUCACUCCUUGCAGAUUUGAUAAGAACUUCUAGACUUCAUCUUCCAGCUCAUGGCUUUCUCUCAACAGAGAUGAAAGCACAAAAUCUCUUUUAUUAUGCAUGAAUCCAAAGUAUAGAUAUUAGUAGCUUUUUUAAAAAAAAAAUUUAUUGAGAGCAUGCAAUCCUGCCAGUUACUGUCUUUCAUGUGUAGAGGUUGUGGUUAGAAGAGAUACAUCUACGGCCGGAAGUGACACAAUAAAAUAACAAUAAAUUAAAUUUGCUACUUAUCAGAUUGGUUUUAUUAACAUCUACACCUAAACCUACCCUUACAAUAAUGUAAAUACAGUAAUUAAUUGUUGUUCAGCGCAAUAUUGAUACGCGCACGCCCAGUAAGCCCUGGUAGGACAAUCUGGCCGUAGCUGUAUCCCUUAUAGCCUCAACCGCAGAUAAUCUGAUGAGGUGAGAUGUCGUGUCAGGCGUGUGUGUGUGUGUGUGUGUGUGUGUGAACCGCACAUGCUCAUACAGUGAUUCACUCAACUGGAGUGUGUUUAUGUUUACUGUAUAUUUAAUCGGCGCACAUUGCACACUUAGAAUCAGUCAACUCUAAAUGUCUUUUUUUCCAUGUUCAUACUAAGCAAAUACACAAAUCUUACCUUCAAGAAGGAGUAAUUCAACAAUGUCCUAUUACAGAUUAAAUUGUUGUCAAUUGCUAA